AUGAAUUUCUUGUCCUUUAACAUCAGAGGUAUUCACGGGGGUGCUAAAGCCUCGUGGAUUAAAAGUCUUAGGAUCUCGAACAAAAUAAGUAUUAUCGCUUUGCAAGAAACAAAAGUGGAGUCUGUUUCUAGUGCUUGUUGUGCUAGUUUCUGGGGAAAGGGUAACUUCGAGUCUGCCUGUGCGGCCUCGGUUGGUUUAUCUGGGGGGUUGGCUUGGAUCUGGGAUCCUGCUGUGAUUAAGAUUGAGACUGUUGUCCGUAACAGAUAUUAUUUGAUAUUAAAAGGAUUCAUUGCUGGAGAUGGGAACCCGAUUAACCUGGUGAACAUCUACGCCCCUCAGAGUACAUCAGCGAAACUGCAAUUGUGGAAUGAUAUUUCUGCUAUAAUGGAUCCGGAUGUUGGGUUUUGGGUUCUUGCUGGCGACUUUAACGCAGUUCGAUCUUCGGAGGAGAGAAAAAACUCCAGCUUCAAGCCGGUAUGUGCAGAGAAUUUCAAUAAUUUUAUUUUCAGUAAUGGCUUGUUAGAGUAUCCGUUGCAGGGUCGGAAGUUCACAUGUAUCAGGGACAAUGGUAAGAAGUUAAGUAAGCUGGACCGUUUCUUAGUUUCUCCGGAUUUUUUAACAAAUGGCCGUCGGCUUGUGUGA